GGGGCUGGCGUAAUUGUGAGGUUGACUGACUGACUGCCUUGGUUGGCUGCGGCGAGGGCCACGUAGCGCUGCGGCGGCGGCGGCGGCGGCAGCGGCAGCAGCGGCAGGGAGGGCGAGCGAAGGAUAGGCAGAACCCCGGCGGAGGUAGCUGCAGAGGGGCCAAGGCCUGGUCCUAAAAACAGGCGGCGGCGGGGGCUCUAACCAGGGGAGGGCAGGAAGGAAGGAGGGCCCUGACCGCCCUCUCCUUCCCCCUCCCCUCCCCCGCCUAAGCAUGGAUCGCGGCGACGGCGGCGGCGAUGGAGCGGUGGAGGCAACAACAGCGGACGAUCCCGGCCUGGCAGUCACACAGACCGUUUUUCUCCAGAGGAUCUGUCCCCAACUUGGACCUUCAAGACUUCCAUUGAUGCACCUAUUGCAACUGUACUGUCCAUCCACCUUGCUGGUUGGUCAUCCCUUCUGAUUAUGCCACACACAAAUAUAAUCUCAACAUCUUUUUUUGUAUUGUGGUGACCAAAACUGGAUGCAGUAUUAGAAGUAUGGCCUUACCAGUGCAGCAUAAAGCAGUACUAAUACUUCACGUGAUCUUACUAUUAUCCCUAUAUUGAUGCAGUGUUCACCUUUCCCCAAAGGACAAAUUUUUCAUCUGUUGAAUGACAGCUUUCUUCCUGUGAACUGUUGUCGAUGUCUUCGUGCUAUAAAACCAGAGUUCCAUGACCUACACGUGCUUUCUUGCUCUGCUCCCCAAAAACAGUCAUGAGUUAGUUAUUUCCAGAUAUUCAUCUUGUUCCACAGGAGUUACUUCAUUGAUAUUCUGGAAUACAAGGUGCUCAAUGAAUCGAGAGCCCCCAUGAAUGAAACAGCCAGCUCUUGCCAACAGAUGGCUAAAAAUUGCACCACACAUGUAGCAGGGAUGGCACAGGAGGACAGGGGUCAAGUACCACCCACUUUCUAUCAUGAUGCCAGCCAGGAACUUGAUUUGUCCACCAAGGUAUACAAAAGGGAAUCUGGGAGUCCUUAUUCUGUACUGGUGGACCCAAAAGCAAGUAAGCCACAUCUUCAUGACAGAGAGGAGCAGCCAUAUUUCAGGGAGGACAGAACAGUAGGAGAGGCCCGAGCCGUGAAAGAAGACAGGGAGAACUCUGACGACUUGCAGGAGGAGGACGAGGAAGAAGAUGAAGUGACUUACAAAAGGGAGCAGAUAAUAGUAGAGGUAAACCUUAACAACCAAACAUUAAAUGUAUCAAAAGGGGAGAAGGGGGUCCCUUCCCAAUCCAAAGAAACUACUGUUCUUAAGACCAGUAGUGAGGAAGAGGAGGGUGACAGUGGGGAGGAAGAGGCCACUGAAGACAGUAAUGAUGAGGAGGAAAAUGAGAGGCAGAAGAAAAAAGAGCAAAGAGAGGAAAAUGAUAGUGUUGCACAAAGGAGGACAAGGAGAGCUGCAUCUACUGCAGCCGCCACAUCUUCCCCUACUUCCAGAACUACAAGGGGCCGUAGAAAGAGCAUUGAGCCUCCCAAGCGUAAGAAGAAAGCUGCAAAGGAGCCCAAGGCACCUGUGCAGAAAUCAAAGUGUGAAGAAAAGGAGACUUUGACUUGUGAGAAGUGCCCCAGGGUGUUUAACACACGCUGGUAUCUGGAGAAGCACAUGAACGUCACUCAUAGGCGCAUGCAGAUCUGCGACAAGUGUGGGAAGAAAUUUGUUCUAGAAAGUGAGCUCUCCCUUCACCAGCAAACAGACUGUGAAAAAAACAUUCAGUGUGUUUCCUGUAAUAAGUCAUUCAAGAAGCUUUGGUCCCUCCAUGAGCAUAUCAAGAUUGUCCAUGGAUAUGCAGAGAAAAAAUUCUCCUGUGAAAUAUGUGAAAAGAAGUUCUACACCAUGGCUCACGUGCGAAAGCACAUGGUUGCACAUACUAAGGACAUGCCAUUUACAUGUGAAACCUGUGGAAAAUCUUUCAAACGCAGUAUGUCGUUAAAGGUUCAUUCACUACAGCAUUCAGGAGAGAAGCCUUUCCGAUGUGAGAAUUGUGAUGAAAGGUUCCAGUACAAAUACCAACUUCGUUCCCACAUGAGCAUCCAUAUUGGACACAAACAGUUUAUGUGCCAGUGGUGUGGUAAAGAUUUUAAUAUGAAACAGUACUUUGAUGAGCACAUGAAAACGCACACUGGAGAGAAGCCUUUUAUUUGUGAAAUCUGUGGCAAAAGUUUCACCAGUCGCCCAAACAUGAAGAGACAUCGCAGAACUCAUACAGGGGAGAAGCCAUAUCCGUGUGAUGUGUGUGGCCAGCGAUUCCGUUUCUCCAAUAUGCUUAAGGCACACAAGGAAAAGUGCUUCCGUGUUACCAGUCCUGUUAAUGUGCCACCCUCUGCCCAGAUCUCACUUGCCACAACGUCAUCUGCCACCACUGUACCUUCUGUUGCGAACACACCGAAUGCGCUUGCCCCUACUUCAGCAAUCAAUAUGAAUCCAGCGAGCACACUUCCUCCUCGCCCAGUUGUCCAUCCAUAUUCUCAUCUGCAUCUUCAUUCACAUCAUCAACAUCAUCUUCCAGUCCCCGUCCCUCCAGUCCCUCAUUUGCCUCCACCUCCUGCUCUAUUUAAGAGUGAGCCUUUAAAUCAUAGGGGCCAAGGUGAGGACAGUUUUCUGCGACACCUAGCAGAAAAAAACAGUUCAGUGCAGCACCACUAACUGCUUGUCUUCUGCCUGCUAUUCUCCUGAUUUAAAAAAUCUGGAAUUGUGCUCUUCCCUAAGAAAAGGUACCAUUUUGGCCCCAAGUAAAUUUGCAUUACUCUUGGUGACAUCCAACUUAGGGGAGCCAUUAGGACAGAUGCCCAAUUUGGCUUGCACGUUUUACUGUUGACUUUUAUAAAUUUCAAAAGGACUGAGAAUUGUGGAUUUUUUUAUAAUUUCAUAUCAGCUAAUGAGGUAUGCUUGCUUUUGUAUUCUGGAUUUUCUCCUCAAAUUGGGGAUGAGUCUGGUUUCCUUUGUACUAAUCAGAAAGACUGUGAGACUAAAUCCCAGAGCAUUAAUGAUCACUGUGUAUUGUUAAUUUCUUUUCUGCUCUGUAUGUGUGUGUGAGAGAGUUUGUGUGGGUGUGGGUGUGCUGGUUAUGGAGUGAACCAGCCACAUGAUUGCAGAAUAUGAAGCAUAGGAAAAACAACAACAAUAGUAAACAGAAUUUAAUCUCAUUUGAAUAGUUCUCCUAACACACUCUUUAUUUUAUUAUAAAAAUUAUUUUAGAGUUUUUGUAUAGACCUAUUUAGUAGCCUGUUUCUAAAACGAAAUGUAUUUCAAAUAAGCGAUGUAAUUUUUUUCAGUGUAGCUGGACCUAUGUUGUUACAAUAGAUAAUUUUUAUAAUCAUUCAAAUGUGAUUCUUUUAAGAAAAAAGAUGCAAAUAGCUUCUAUAGUAAAAAUUAUUCUUACAUCUGUACUGCUCUAAAAAGGUGCUUUGAAGUGUAAAGGAAGAAGCCCAAGAAGUCUCUUGUAAAGCUGCCUCAGAAGUGGAGAUAAUUUCAGAACUUUAUAUAACUUAUUUGUAGGGGGAGGGGAAUUUUUACUGUGAGACAUAUCUUCUUUCCAUGUCACUUGAGGGCGAUUAGAUAAGGACAUUGAACUACUGUAUGCCCCCAAAUUUCACUUCUGUUAUACUGAAGCAUGAAACAUUUCAGAAAGGAUUUCUCUUAGAUAGAGUGAAAAUUGCACAUGAGGGACAGUCUCAACCAAAUAUGGUUUCAAACAUAGUAUGCUACCUUAUCAUGGGCAUACCUUAGGGCCUAGUUCAUUAUAGAGACAUGUGUAUAAGGUAUGAGUUAAAUUGGGACCGAUUUGAUGCUGCUUGUUUUUUCUUAAGUUUUUUAGGUGAUAAGCAAGGGAACUGCAAACUAGAUGCAAUUUAGUUGGAUCUGUAAAAAUUAAACCUGAAUUAGGCAAACUGGUGUUAAAGCCAUUGUCAUGUUGGCUGAAAAAAUGAAUAUCAUGGAGUAUGUGCAUACACUAAAGUUGUGUGAAGGACAGAUAGUACUGAUUAUAGAGGAUAAUGUCUUUCAGGUUUGACCAUAUUCCACAGAUAAAUGGAAAGAAAUGUUGAAUGUUAAGCAAGUUGGUAAUUGUGUUUUUCUCAGUCUCCAAUGGCUCUAAGUUGUGACAAAUAAAAUCAUGGUAAUUAACUUUGGAUAAAGUACAGCACCAUUUAAGGAUCCACUUAGUACCUUGAGGAGAAGGCAUAGAGAUUCCUUUAUAUUUGGAAUCUAAAUUUUUCUAAGUUUAAUUUUCAUGCUCCAAGACCAUCAUGCUGAUUCCUAGGAUAUUGUUCUGCUUUUGAAAAUUAGGCUUUAAGUCUAAUUUAGAAAGGGAUAUUAUCUUGGAUGAAAUGGAAAGCCCUUGUUAUUGCAUUCCCUUAGGCUGCUGAUUGUGUUUCCGCCUUUUAUUAACUUUGCAUUAAAAAUAAAAUAGCUGACUUUUCGGUAUCUAUUCAUAUUUGACUGAAAACUUCUUAACUCCUUUUUCUGGAAAAAAAAAAGUAUUUUUAAAAUGUUGUGAUAACACUUAUUUGUUCCUUCUCCUUUUUUAGGCAGUAAAGCUAACUAUAAAAAUGAAUAAUAUUUAACAGUUCACUAUCAUCUACUAUCUUGAUUGGUUUUAUACAUUCCAUGUCAUCUUGUAAAAUUGCAGUUCUGUAUAGAAUGCAACCGGCCAACAAUGUGGCCUGUAAAAUCCACUGUUCCAAAUUUAAAGGAAAAAGUCACAUCUGAUAAAUCAAUUGUAAUCCAAUUUGCAAAAGCAUUUUUUAAAAUAAAUUUACAGUAUUUGGCUGCUA